UUUCCAAUCUUGCAACCAGCAAGACGUGAGUGCGCGCGUGUUGAAAGAAAACGAAUGAACCAAACUCGAAAAACCAAAAGUUCGUAAAAUCAAGACCCCCUGCUAAAAAUUAAAAGUUGAGAAUAAACGAGUACAAAACCUAGUGAUCGGAUCAAAAGUGGCUUCGAUGUGCGCGUAGUGGCCCGUAAUCGUAUGAUGAGCCUGACUGUGCUCUCGCUGCCGCAACGUUUCAAGCGAAUCCUGCAAGCCAUGAUGUUAGCCGUCGCCGUCGUCUAUAUGACCCUACUGCUCUACCAGAGCGCCUACGGAUAUCCGGGCAUCCAAGUGCCGCACAGCCAGGUGGAUGGCCUGUCCAGCGAACCUGUAACCACACAUCGCGACCAGCUGCUCCAGGACUACGUGCAGUCCUCGACGCCCACCCAACCGGGGGCGGGGGCACCGGCCGCCUCACCCACCACCGUCAUAAUCCGCAAGGACAUCCGCAGCUUCAACUUCAGCGACAUCGAGGUCAGUGAGCGACCCACGGCCACCUUGCUGACGGAGUUGGCGCGGAGGAGCCGAAAUGGGGAGCUGCUCCACGAUUUGUCACAGAGAGCGGUGACUGCGACGCCCCAGCCGCCGGUCACCGAGCUGGAUGACAUUUUCAUCAGCGUGAAGACGACGAAGAACUAUCACGACACCCGGCUGGCGUUGAUCAUUAAGACCUGGUUCCAAUUGGCCCGCGAUCAGACCUGGUUCUUUACGGACACGGAUGAUCACUACUACCAGGAGAAGACAAAGGGCCAUCUCAUCAACACCAAAUGCUCGCAGGGCCAUUUUCGCAAGGCGCUCUGCUGCAAAAUGUCCGCCGAAUUGGAUGUCUUUCUGGAGAGCGGCAAAAAAUGGUUCUGUCACUUUGACGAUGACAACUAUGUCAAUGUGCCGCGAUUGGUUAAACUGCUGGACGAGUAUAGUCCCAGUGUGGAUUGGUAUCUGGGCAAGCCGAGCAUCUCGUCGCCGCUGGAGAUCCACUUGGACAGCAAGAACACGACAACCAACAAGAAGAUAACCUUCUGGUUUGCCACUGGCGGCGCUGGCUUCUGUCUUAGUCGAGCCCUGACUUUAAAAAUGCUGCCCAUAGCAGGUGGCGGCAAGUUCAUCAGCAUUGGCGACAAGAUACGUUUUCCGGAUGAUGUCACAAUGGGUUUUAUAAUAGAACACCUACUGAAAGUACCUCUAACAGUGGUGGACAACUUCCAUUCGCAUCUGGAGCCCAUGGAGUUCAUACGCCAGGAUACGUUCCAGGACCAGGUGUCCUUCAGCUAUGCCCACAUGAAGAACCAGUGGAACGUGAUCAAGGUGGACGGCUUCGAUCUCAAGGCCGAUCCCAAGCGAUUCUACUCCCUGCAUUGCCAGCUCUUCCCCUACUUCAGCUUCUGCCCGCCCAGAUGAGCUGGGCAACCAUGAUACGAUCCGAUCCCGAUCCCGAUCCCGAUCCGGAUCCCAGGGGAUCGAUCCCAUUUGGCUGUUGCAGGCGCACGUCUGCACUGGAUCGGUUGUGAACCGAUGGGGCAGGCGUCAAAAACAAAUCUCGCCACUGUGAUUUAUGAUAUAGUUUAAUGAUAGUUUAUGGUAUACGCCGUAUACGGUAUGUGGUAUUCGAGCAACGAAAGGUUCUUUGUAUAUAUAGAGAGCAGUUUGCAUACUGGAUAGAAGUGCUUCCUAAUGGUAUAAGUUUUACUGUAGCUCUAGGUCUUGCAAUUCCAACACAAUUCCAAGUGCUUCCCUAUAGCGUUACACGGAUUCUUCCAAUCGACUUAGUGCGUAGUUAAAUUAAUGGUCUAGUCUACGUUUAAGUUAACUUAGCUGAUCAGAGAGACCGCUUGACCCUCUGCUGUGUAAUACUGUAAUGCAGUCUAAUAUUUGCCUAAACUAGCAAUAUGCGUGUAUAUAGUAGAUUUAUCUAACUAAGAAAUGUUUAAAUAAUUUUGUUAAUUUUUAGUUUGCUUGAAUAAAAACUGAAUAUUUUAUUGAAA